UAGUAACUAAAAUUUAACAUCGAAUUAUUCUAACUUUGAAACCAACGUCACCGUAAAAACAAGUUUAUGACCUCAUUUUGUCUCGGAACAAACUGUUUUUGUCUUCCAAAACAAAAUUUGCAGACCAUAUAUUCCCUUCCCUCCCCCAUUUCCCUAUUUUCUCCCAAAGAUUACAAUCUACACUACGCACCAAGAAACAAAACAAAUAAAGAAAUGGCGAGAAAGGAAAAUGGAAUGGAUUGCGAAAGAGAGAAGAUUAGCGCGACAGCAUGUGGCACCGAAUAUUUGCCCCCUUCGCGGCUUCGCCCCUUCCCUUGGCCUUUAACCCCAUUCCUAACAAACCCUUCUCUCUCUCUCUCCAUUUCCUUCUCUCUUAAUAAUUGAAGAGGGGAAUUUAUCCCAUUUCUGAAGUGGAAUUUGAAACCAAGGACGUAGCAGCAGCGACUUCCUCACACUUAUUUUUAGAGCUCUCUGUAGGCCACGGUGGUCCGGCGACCGGAAUGGGUUCCGGCAGCAGUCGCCCGCGGUCGCGCCCAUCUGAGUCCCGACCCAGCGCCAGCAGCACCCCCGUCAACCGCUCCCCUUCAAGGAUUCUGUCAUCCAUCAUCUGCGGUGGCUCCUCAUCUUCUUCUUCCCGCGCUGCAGCUGAGAUGAAAGGUCGUCCUUACGAAAUGUUAAAGAGCACUGUGGAAAAUGGUGAGGCGGGGGCCAACAAAAUACAAAGCCUUGUACUGGAAUCGUCUGCCAUAAUUGGCUCAGAAACAGUUUCUGCCAAUUCUGAUAGUGCCAUUGGCCAUUCAUCAACAGGGAGUAGUAUUACAGCCAGCAAGAGAAUCGUUGGUGAAGGUGGUUUGAGAAACCCUGGAACAAGUAAUCAAGAGAGACGUUUCUCCGAAAGUUUGGGGUUAGUUUCUUCCCAGGUAUGUGAUGAAUAUGGCUACAACGACUCUUUUAGGAAUAGGUAUAGUGGUGAAGAAGCUAGUACUUCAUUUAGAGAACAACAACAAUCUUCAGAUCCUCCCUCUGUAAAUACUUUGGCUAACAAGGAUGCAGUCGAUGGUAUUUACAAUCCAGAGAAUAGUAGAGAUAUGCAUGCAGAGAGUUCAUCUCAAGGGCUACUGCACACAUCGAGUUUUGGCAGGGCUUCUGUUGAGAAUCACAUGGAUGAAAUGACAACUUGGCCUCUGCACAAUUCUGAUUCUGUUUCUGGACGAGAAGCAAUUCCUGAGGGUUCAGGACUUCCGGUGACGGAACAGGCCCAGGAUGAUGGAGAUGUUCUUCAUGUAGAUGUUGUGAGCAUCUCUUCCAGCAUCUUCUCUAGGGGAACGGCUGAUACGGCUAGUCCAUAUGAGACCAGAAGAAACAGUAGAAGACUAUUCUGGGAUGCAUUUUCAAGACGCAGUUCUUGGAGGCCUAUGGAUUCUCCAACCAUUGUGUUAUCUAAUGAUGAUAGUCCUGAUGAUUUACAAUCUCACGAUAGAUGGCUCCUCGAUUUUAGUGGCGACUUUUUCAAUGAUGGUGUAACUAGUAGCGAUGCUGGAUACCCGGGCAGCAGGAUUCGUAGCUGGACUGAUCGGAGACGCCAAUCAAGAUCAGAGAUUUGGGAGAGGCUUGUUGGCAACCUUGACGAUGAUGAUCGACGAUCACCAACAGUCUGUCCUUCUGGACUUCACCGUGAUGGUACUUGUUCAUGUGAAUCACUCUUGUCAGGAGGGGAGUCGAGUACUCGUGCAAGUAUAUCGCGGAUAGUCAUGCUUGCUGAAGCUCUAUUUGAGGUGUUGGAUGAAAUCCAUCGCCAGCCUUCUUCACUUCCUCAGUCCAUGGUCUCACUCCCAGCUCCAGAAUCUGUUGUUGACUCUUUCCCUCUUAAGAAUCACAAAAAAGUGGACAAGGUUGAGGAUGAUGAAGAAGCUGAGCAGUGCUACAUAUGUCUGUCUGAGUACGAAGAAGGGGAUAAAAUACGAGUGCUUCCCUGCCAUCAUGAGUAUCACAUGUCAUGUGUUGAUAAAUGGCUCAAAGAGAUCCACGGGGUCUGCCCACUCUGCCGUGGAGAUGUUCGCCAGACUGACCCCGAGCUUUCAGAGAUUCCUUCACUCUGAUCAUAGAAAUUGUAUAUGCUGCAGAAUGUAAAUAGCAAUCUCAUUACAGUUAAGGAAGAGAGUUCCAUUUGUAAAAUAUCGAAGCACCUUUCGUACCAGAUGUAUCUGUAUACAUUUGAAACCCCUCUACUAUGAUACCAAAAAGAACUGAAAUCGACAUGGAUAAACAAAGUACAGAAGAACAU